AUGCUCAGGUAGAAAGCGGAUGGGAUCGAUUCCUCAGUCUCAAAAAUGUCUUGCUUGUGUUCAGAACUCGUCAUCGCCCUUAUGGCCCUGCUGGCCUUGUGUCUCGGUCUGUCCUCAUCCUCCGAUCCUGUGCAGCAACUUGAAUUAAAAUCGCUUCGCAGUCACCGGGAAAGGCUUUUGGGGGAGAUCGAGCGCAUCUACAUAGAGCAGCCGCUAGGCACGGAAACGCAGCUGCUGCUCGACGAUCUUUUCUUACGGGAUCAGCAACUGCGGGUGCAAAUCGACCACCUGGAGGCUACCCGUGGAGUUGAAGAGGCAAGCUCCAACUAUAGCCCAUCGCAGGAGAGCACCAGCACCCAGCGGCUGGCCAUCAAUCUGACCGCCGACUUUGAGCAUCUGCAGCACAAGCUGGACGACCUUAAGCAUCAUCUGGAGCGUCUGGACGGACGCUUUGGCACGCAGCUAGGCAAGCAGCUGGACAGUCACACGACCAGCAGUAUUCCACCAGCCACUCCGGCUUCCUCCGGCCUCGGUUCGUUCUUUUGGACACCGCUGCUUACAAUGCCGGAGUUUCCACAGGGCAGCAUCACCACUGACAACGGGCACGACCACAAGGGGCAGCCGGGGCAGCACCAGAAUCAGCAGCAGCAGGGAAGUCCCUCCAUAAUCAAACGCGUCCUGGACAUGCUUCGACCUUCAACCGCUGGCCUCCGCAACCGUUGGUCGGAGUGGGAAAAAUCCACCUCGGGAUCUGGAUCUGGAACGGGGUCAUCCGCCAAGCUUCAGGCGCUGACUGCCGAGGAGCUCUUGCCGCAGCUGCAAGAGCAGCGGAAAUUUCUCGACGAUGCCAUCAGGCGACUGGAACUCUUGUCCACGACGAAGAGCCCAAAGAAGCAUUAGGAUCAAUACGUAUAGAUAAUCGUGUGGAUUUUUUAUUGGGGGGUGCAGGUGCCUAAUUGCCAGAAUUUUCCUGACCACAACAGAGUGGAGCUUGGCAACGGACAUGACCCCCAUGAUUCGCAACACCACUGACUCAUCUAAACUACUCCACUGUCAUCGCCACGCCAAACUUUUCUACGUCAUCAACAACAACAAAAAGAGAGGGAGAAACUAACAAAAACACCUAUAAGUUUGUGUGUUCAACAUCAAUUGUUGCACUCAAAUAUGGUUGUACUCUUCUCGUAUUUCUCUUAUCGUCUUAUCGGGAGUGACCUGCUAAUGUACAUAUUACGAGUACGACUACGAGUAAAAACAAGAAAAAACAUUGCCCAAGCAAUAAAGUCGCUCGCAAUUUGAUUACUCGUC